UUUUAUUUUUUUUUUAAUUCAUCUGCUACUCAAAUGUAACAAAUGGAUUACACUGAAUAACUGUUGGUACGUGUUUUGCUGUAAACAAGGAUGGAUAAAGGGAAAUCUCUCAAGAACAUUAAAUGCUCACAACCAUUUCAGACUUCAGUCUGUGAACGAGAUAAAAAGGUGUUUAGCAAGAGAUCAGGCCACUCUUAGACCAGCGGGCUAAAAUUAGACCUGGUCCAUGAGGUUUAGACAGCGCUAACACUUUCACCGUUUGUUGUUGUUAUGUCUGCAAGGGUUUACAGUCGAAGCUCAGGACCCCGUUCGAUUAGCAUAAAGUUAGGAAAAUGAAAAGCCAUUGGUGACAACUAACUGGAUUAAGGAACGUUGAAUGAGGAGCUGCCCGGAGUGUAACCAACGGUGAUGUGAGAGGGAUUUCCCUUUGUCGGCUCUGCCUGUGCUUUCCUGGCCUUCCAGCUAAUCCUCAGCUAUUCUCACCAACGACCUUGGACUCAAUGCUAAUCUGACCGUAGAGAGAGAGAGAGAGAGAAAGUCUACGUGUCUUUAAAUCUUCAGAGGCUGAUUCUGCUCGUGUUAUGGGGAGCUUGGAUGAAGAACAGCGUCUGUCUGAUGCUUGCUCAGGUAUGAUCGUCCUCGUGUGCAGCAGUCAUGCUCUGUGAGGAGUCGUCCGCUGGGAUCACUGCUGCUCUGGAUUCUGUGGUUCGGCUGAAACCCGACACUGAGACCUCCACGGAUCCUGUACAGGAAGUCAUUCACUGUAGCACUUAUGUUUCCUCUGUCAUCCCUGCACAUGGAGGCAUCAGUCUGAACAGCGAGGAGCCGUUCUGUCGUAUCUGUCAUGAAGGCAGCAGUGCGGGCGAUCUGUUAUCGCCCUGUGAGUGUGCCGGGUCUCUGGCGAUGGUGCACCGUGUUUGUCUGGAGCACUGGCUCACGGCCUCCGGCACCAGCCACUGCGAGCUCUGCCACUUUCAAUUCGCUCUGGAGAGACUUCCCAAACCGCUCACGGAGUGGUUCACUACACCCUCCAUGCAGCACCAGAGGCGAACGCUGUGCGGGGACGUGAUCUGUUUCCUGUUCAUCACACCGUUAGCGAGUCUGUCGGGCUGGUUGUGUGUGCAGGGAGCCCUGGAUCUGUACUACAGCAACAGCAUGGAGGCCAUCGGACUCAUAGUUCUCACACUGACACUGUUCACCAUUUACCUCUUCUGGUCUGCUGUAUCCCUUCGUUAUCACAUUCACCUUUUCAGGACAUGGAAUGCGACGAAUCCCAGUGUCCGGCUACAGAUUCCCCGCCCUGUGAAGACACAUAAGACACCAAAACAUCUAACAUUGCACUUCUUGUGCAAAUACAAUAACAAGGAGACCAUGGUGUAAUGCCGACAACAGCAUCAGGAAUACAUUUCAUGAUGUCUUGAUUUUGUGAGAAGCCCUGAUUCAGAGUCACACUCAGAUUUGGGACUCACACUGAAUUGAAGCGAUGCCCAAAUUUGGAGUGACACCCUAAUUUUGAGAGCGAUUCGGAGUGAUGCCCUGAUAUUGAGAGACAUCCUAAUUUAGAGCAACACCCUGAUUUGGAGCAACGUGCUGAUGUGAAGUGAUGUUUUUACUUUGUUUUGUAAAUAACGAGAAACUUUAAAGAAACUUUUCAGUCAUGAAAUCUCAUCAAAACAUGGGAAAAGCAUGUCAAACCACAGGAAAAGAACACAUAAAGCAGAGAACAAUGGUGUUGAGAUGAUAAUAACUGAGCUAUUUAUACCUGCAAGUUUCACUUUACAUGAGUGUUACAAUUAUUCAGAAGAAUAUAUAUCUAGGUGAACGUACAGUAACUAAGACAAUCAUACAGAUCAUUUUGUUUGCUUUGUCAUGGAAACACUUGAAUUAUAUAGAAAAAUGUGAAUAUUUAACCAAAAGACUAAAACAAAUAUGCUUUAAAAUCUUGUGGACAUUGAAAAUGUCACAUUGGAAAAUCCUCACGAGAAAAUAUCGAUUUUUUUUUUUUUGUAUUAAUACUUUUAUUUACAGAGGAUGCAUUAAAUUGGUCAAAAGUGACAGUGAAGACAUUUAAAAUGCUUUUAA